AUGCGCCUCGAAUCCCUGCAGCAAAAUCUCAGCAGCCCCACCAUGUUCCUUCUCUUGGGGUUUUCCAGCGACUACAGAGCACGGAUGAGCCUCUGCCUGUGCCUCUCACUCGUUUACCUGACGACCAUACUGGGGAACCUGCUCAUCAUCACCCUGGUGUGGCUGGAUGCCCACCUGCACUCCCCCAUGUAUUUCUUCCUGGGCCACCUCUCCUUCCUGGACAUCUGCUACUCCUCCGUCACCGUCCCUAAGAUCCUCGCAGACUCCUUUGUGCCACAGAAAACCAUCUCCUUUGUGGGCUGUAUCACGCAGAUCUACUUCUUCCUCUGCUUUGGGGGCUCUGAGUGCAUCCUCCUGGCUGCCAUGGCCUAUGACAGGUACCUGGCCAUCUGCCACCCCCUCCACUACCAGGCACUCAUGACCAAGAAGAUGUGCCACUGUUUAGUGGCUGUUUCGUGGCUGACCGGCUCCUCCUCGUCUCUGAUCCAGACAAUCCUCACAGCCCACUUGCCUUUCUGCGGCUCCAAUGCGAUCGACCACUCGUUCUGUGAGAUGCCCUUCUUGCUGAAGGCGUCCUGCAGCCCUAACGCUCCCCUCAACAGGGCCAUCUUGUACGCUUUUGGUGGGACCAUUGCCAUGGGCUCUUUCCUCCUCACCCUGGUGUCGUACGUGCACAUCAUCAGGGCCGUCCUCCAGAAAGGAGCGGGGACGCAGAGGGCCUUUGCCACCUGCACUUCUCACCUGACCGUGGUGUCCCUGUUCUUCGGUGCCGGGGCUGUUGUGUACCUGGUGCCUCACUCCAGCAGCUCCAAGGGGAUGGAUGAGGUCCUGGCCCUGCUGUACGCAGUUGUGACCCCCAUGCUUAACCCCCUCAUCUACAGCCUGAGAAAUGGUGAGGUCAGGGGGGCCAUCAGGAAAGCCCUGACCAGGGGGGUGUUACAGGUGGCCACCAAGGGUGCAGGCAUCGCCGCUGAGUGA